AAUUUUAACAGUCACGUGACAUUUUCAAAAUGGCGCUUUGCUGUGCGAUCAGUAACGAGGUACCAGAACAUCCAGUAUUGAGCCCUGUAUCAGGUCAUAUAUUUGAGAAGAGACUUGUUGAGAAGUACAUUAAAGAAAAUGGAACAGAUCCAAUUACUGGGGACAAGUUGGAGCUGGAAAUGCUUCUUGAUGUCAAAGCAUCUCCACUAGUGAAACCUAGGCCUCCGUCAUUUACAAGUAUACCAGCCAUAUUGAAGGCAUUACAAGAUGAGUGGGAUGCUGUUAUGUUACAUAGUUUCACCCUCAGACAGCAACUGCAGACUGCAAGACAGGAGUUGUCUCAUGCCUUGUACCAGCACGAUGCAGCCUGUCGUGUGAUAGCACGUCUGACCAAGGAAGUGACGGCUGCCAGAGAGGCUUUGGCUACACUCAAACCCCAAGCUGGUAUUACAGCUGGAAGUUACGCUGUCCCAGCGGCACCACAACCUUCAUACGCAGCAGAAGCAGGUCCAGAGGCAGCUGAACAACCGAUGGAGGAAGCCGGAAUGUCAGAUGAGGUUCUACAGAAGCUACAAGAUAAAGCUACAUUACUUACAGCCGAGAGAAAGAAAAGAGGUAAAACAGUUCCUGAAGGUCUGGCUAACAGUGAUGAUAUAAGAGCUUACAGACAACUUGCCUCACAUACUGGAUUACACAGUGCCAGUGUACCUGGUAUUCUGUCAUUGGAUAUUUGCUUGAAGGACACAUCUAAGAUUGUUACAGGUGGUAAUGACAAGAAUGCAGUGGUAUUUAACAAGGACACACAGCAAGUGAUGGCUAUACUGAAAGGUCACACAAAGAAGGUCACCAGUGUCAUCUAUCAUCCAGAGGAGGAACUUGUAUUCACAGCAUCUCCAGAUUCUACUAUUCGAGUAUGGGGUGUACAAACUGCCCAGUGUGCACAGAUUAUCCGAGCCCACGAGUCACCAGUUACCGGUGUCAGUCUACACGCUACUGGAGAUUAUCUUCUCAGCUCUAGUGUUGACAUGCACUGGGCGUUUUCUGAUAUCAGAACUGGACAGGUUUUAUGUAAGGUUUCCGACGCAUCAUCACAGAACGCUUUGACAUGUGCCCAGUUCCAUCCUGACGGUCUUAUUUUUGGCACUGGUACUGAAGACUCCAUGAUUAAGGUGUGGGAUUUGAAGGAAAGAAUUAAUGUGGCUAAUUUCCCAGGACAUCAAGGACCCAUUACCAGUAUUGCUUUCUCAGAAAAUGGUUAUUUCUUGGCUACAUCUGCAGAGGACUCUGUUGUUAAACUAUGGGAUUUACGUAAACUCAAGAACUUCAAAACCAUACAGCUGGAGGAUAAAUACGAGGUACGGUCUCUGUCGUUUGAUCAAAGUGGUACAUAUUUGGCUGUGGCUGGAAGUGAUGUGAGAGUAUACCUGUGUAAACAGUGGCAGGAGCUAGCCGUGUUCAAUGACCAUACAGCCAUGGCAACGGGAGUGAAAUUCGGACAUAACAGUCAGUUUAUAGCCUCCGCUAGUAUGGACAGAUCUGUAAAAUUCUUUGGACCUAUGUGAUCAUACUAAACAAGAGUUUGAAUUUCAAUUGACACAAUCAUUACUUGUAUAUUCAUUCAACUUGUGUCUUCAAAUCGUCAUUACUAAAUUUUUCAAAAAUUCAUUACUAAAUGUUUCAGAUUGAUAUGGGUUCAUUGUAAUAGUCUGAUUGUUUGUAUUUUGUAACCAUUUUUUUAAAUGUCAAUAACAAGGUUUGCAAUCUAGUGUUCAAUUGUUGAUUGUUAACUUCAUUUUUGAAGUAUGUUUUCCAUUAUUUCAUGGUUGAAUUUGAUAUGAUACAAAAACAAAAUAGAAGUGAAAGAAGGAUUAUUAUUUUGUAAGAUGGUAAUAUAUUUGGAAGGAUGUUUAUUAUUAAUUGACAUUUGACUUCUUGUAAGUUAACAGCAAGAAUGACUGGACUAUAUUUGUACUGUCAUUUCAGACUCUCUACUUUUGGCAGCUGAGUUCUAGAAUUUUGAUAUUCAAAUCCCUUAAAGAUAUAUUUUGCUCAAAUUUGAUAUUCAAAAAAAUGCUGAUAAUUGCUACACAGUCUCCUGUUAAACAUAAAAUGAACAUAUUUUGAGUACGCACAGAGAAUAUAUGUUUAAGUAAACCCUACAUACUAUGGUAAACAGUUUUGAAUAGUGUCAUGAAAAAAAAACGGGCAGUUAUUUUUAGAAAGUACUGCAUUAACUUAACCAGUGAUAGGGAGUGAAGCUUUCCAAAUAUAGUUUCUGCAUUGUUUUAUUCAAAUUAGACAUAUUCAGUUAGAAUUUCCUAGAUAUCAAUACAUUUCUGCAAAUGAAGUAUUUUACCCAAAAAUGAGAAAAUUAUACUUAAAAGAAAACAUAAAGAAACGAAAGACUUAUCCAAAUUUAAAGUAGGACAUAAAUAAUAUACAAAAUCAGCAAGAUGGGCUGAUCUUAUUUGUUGCAGAAUUAUUUUUUAAUUUGCUGAUAAAGAAGAAAAUUUGAAUUCUUAGUUUCGCAUGAAAUGCCUGAAAAUAUCAUUAUGUGAAAACUGUUGAAUUAAAUUAUAUCGUGUAAUUGGUACCAUUUCUAUUGUUGUUUUAUGUAGAUAUAUUUGUAUAUAAUUUUGUCAUGCAUUUAAUGAAUGCUCUGUAAACUUGUUUUGACUUUAAUCUGGAAAAAAUCAUAAUGUGAAGUCAUUGCAUUGAGGAAUUCAAACAAUAGUUUUAAUAUUGCAUAAAAUUGGUUUUCAUGUUUAUAUUUUCUUUUUGUUUUACCAUGUUAUUUACCUUGGACAUUUACUUUAAAGAGAAUAAUUCAUUGAAAAAUUAACAACCCAUUCUUGGUGUCCAUGGCUGAAUAGUUAAGUUUGUGACUUCAAGCCACUUGCCCCUCACCGCUGUGGGUUCAAAUCCCGACAGGGACUUUGGAUUCUGUCAUGUGAGGAAGCUAUCAAGCUUGCUUAUAGAAUGUUGUAGGUUCUACUAAGGUGCCCAUUCAUGCCUGAAAUAAUGCAUGGAAGGGCACCUGAGGUCUUCCUCCACCAGUUAAGCUGAAAUGUUGCCAUGACCUAUACUGUGUCAGUGUGACAUAAAACCCAAUCAAACAAACAACCCAUUCGUAAUCGCAAGUCAUUUUUACUUUUGUCUAAGGAAAAAAAACUUUCCACAGGACUUACAUUUAGUUGUAAUUGCCAUAGAAAUCAAUAGUAUAGAUAAGUAUGGACCCUGACAAGCAUGUAUGCAGGCUGUUAUUUGGUAUUUUCUCAAAUGAUGACAUCAUAGUAGACAUCAUCCUCUUGUGUGACAAAAAUGAACUAAAGAUAGGUUAAGCUGCCAUCAACAAUUAUGGCCCAAUACAGAAGAAAAAUGAUAUAGAAAGCCAAUUUUUUUGUGCGACUGUCACUGUCAUAUAAUAUACAUGCUGUUUCACCUAUUACUGUUUUGGACUUUGCCAUGGAAGAUGGAGUGCUGGGAAAUAUCCCAUAGGGAAUGCCAUAUUUUUAAGAUUUCUGAAUUUGAAGCAUUCCAACGAUAUGACUUUUAGUUUGUUCCAUAGAAAUAGCAAACAUUUUAGUGUGAGGAAGUUGCUAGUAGCUAGUUUACAGAGUUGUUGUUAUUUUAGAAAGGUGUCUACUUGAGCCUGAAACAAUACACAGAAGGGCCACUGGUUUAUACACCAGUGAAGCCGAGUAGUACAUUAGCAGAACUAAAUUACUUAGUUAUAGAUCGUGCAAUCCUCAUCUGUUUUCAAAGAAAAUAUUGAGUUUAGAAAAUUUAGGCGUUUUUUAACUGAGGUUUUUGAUGUAUUAUGAAUUUUGGUAGCACAUAAUUAUUGUACCAUAUGAUUUGAAUUACUUUUGUGUAAAUAUCUGGUCAUGUAAGUGCAGUAACAGAUUAACAAUUGCUUUAAUAGGAGUUAAUUCAUUACUGCACUGACAUGAUCUGACAUCUUCUAUGAAUGAUAGAAAUAAAUUGUAAGAAGUG